AUGUACCAUGUCCACGGUCCUAUUCUGGAAAUGACGAUGCAUACAAUGAACUCCGGACUAGAUGCGGUGUUCAUCUGCAAUAUGGCCUGUGUCAAGCAACUCGUCGACCUCCCGGCUCUGGCUGCGGCCCUCGAAUCUGAGCACUUGGGUGGACUGGCAGUCUAUGAUGCCGAGGCAGACAACACCCCUUGUACGUUAUUCCGUCAGGUCUCAAUAUAUCUAAGAGCAUUUGAGUGUACACACCAACACACAGAAACGCACAUGCACAAUUUCUAUUUACACAAUAUACUUUUCCAUCCUUAUUCGUGGAAGAAGUAUAGCAGUCGGUGGAGCCACUUCAAGAAGAGUAAAAGGGCUCCUGAUGCCUUCGAGAUUGAGAAAGCCGGAUGA